AUGUCUCACACCGAGACAAAUGGCUUCUACGACGACAACCAGAACAUCGACGAUGCUUCUCCCGAGAAGCAGGUUCUCUACUACAAAAAGAGAUUAGAAGAGCUUCAAGGGGAGUUUGAUGAGUACCAGCAAAGUAGUCGUGAGCUGGAGAAUGAACUGGAGACGCAGCUGUCGAACUACGAGAAGCGUAACCUUGAACUCGAGGUGAAGAAUCGGAACCUGGUGACGGAAAAUGAAGUGCUACGAACUCGAUUCGAGAGGAUAUCUUCAGAGAGUCACAACCAGCUAAAUGAUCUGCAAAGUAAAUACGAAAAAGUUUCAACUGAAAAUGAGCAGCUGAAGAGCUACAUCAGAGACUUGGAGCAGUCGAAUGAUGAUCUGGACAGGGCGAAGCGAACACUUGAUGCCACCCUCGCCGAGUUUGAUUCCAGAUUGAAUGAGCAGAUAGAGAGAAACGAGCUACUAGAAAGUGAAAUAGGCGAAAAGGAGCAACUUCAAGUGGUCAUACAGAGGCUAAAGGACGAAGCUCGUGAUCUUCGGCUGGAGUUGAUGAUUCAACAGGGCUCUAAGAACAAAAAGGCCGUUGUCGGAGAUGGUGAAUGCAACAACAGCACCGGCGGCACCACCCCCUCUGGCCCUCACCACCGUCAGUCGAAGGCAGCUGUACAUAGUAACAAUAACAACUCCUUUUCCGAGCGUCUAACGAACGGAAGCGGCGGUGGCGGACCAACGACGCCGGAGAGCAACAAAACAUUUGCCGGCGGCAGUCCGAACGGUAGUCCCAACUACAGUACUAAUACUCCGAAGCAGUCGCCCAACCCGAUUCCACUUCUCUCCGCCUCAUCGCGAAUCUCCGCGCUGAACAUUGUCAGUGAUCUGUUACGAAAAGUGGGCGCUCUGGAGUCGAAGCUGGCCAGCUGUCGCAGCAUCGUUCCCGUCUCGGCGACCCUCAUGAACUCGAAGAUGACCUCACCGGUGAAGGGCAGCGGCAGUAGCACCACCGGCGCCACCAAUAACAAUGUCGAUACUAACUCACCUAACUUUAUCCUCCAUCCCACACCGGAGUGGAUCGAGAGUGUCAUCGUCUGCUUCAAGGCCAAGUUAAAGUGCAACAAUGAGUUUAUCAUAUCGAUAGGCUGUCUGGAGGACGGCCAGGGCGGACGUACAACCGAUGAUCUCGAGACUUGUCGCGAAAACGUCACCGACAUUGCCAGAUCAGUCGACGCCGACUGCACUCUGCUCUGCCGAAAGCGAAUUGACUCUUCAGAAUUUUACGUGGACGAGUUCUUAAUACGGAAGAAACCGGAGCAGAAUGACUUUCACGAGGUCAGAGUCGCCGUUCUGGGCAAUGUGGACAGUGGCAAGUCGACGCUGCUCUCCGUGCUGACGCACUGUGAGCUCGAUAACGGCCGUGGUUUGGCCCGGCAAAAGAUCUUCAGGCAUAAGCACGAGCAGGAGACAGGCAGGACAUCGAGCAUCGGCAAUGACAUUCUCGGCUUUUCCAGCACAGGCCAAAUAGUGAAUCAGCCCAUUCUGCAUGGCAGCAAUAAUCUCAACUGGACAAAGAUUUGCGAGGAGUCCUCCAAGGUCAUCACCUUCAUCGACUUGGCCGGCCACGAGAAGUACCUAAAGACGACCAUUUUCGGCAUGACCGGUCACUGCCCUGACUACGCUUUGCUGAUGAUUGGCGCCAAUGCGGGCAUCAUUGGCAUGACUAAAGAGCAUCUCGGUGUCACCCUUGCGUUGAAUAUUCCCGUCUUUGUGGUGAUCACCAAAAUCGACAUGUGUCCGCCAAAUAUUCUCCAGCAAACGCUUACCAACUUGAGGAAAGUACUCAAAUCUCAGGGUUGUCGGAAGAUACCCAUUCUGGUGGAGAGCGACGAAGACGUCAUCAUAUCUGCCUCUAACUUUGUCUCUGAGCGACUGUGUCCUAUUUUUCAAGUUUCCAACGUCACUGGGAAGAACUUGAACUACCUGAAAUCGUUCUUGAAUCUGCUCAACUCUCGCUCCCCUAACUACGACGACAGUCCAAAGGAGUUUCAAAUCGAUGAAAUCUACGGAGUUUCAGGAGUCGGCGUAGUGGUCAGUGGACUUACAUUGAAAGGCGUCAUCUCCACAAAUGAUACCCUCAUGCUGGGUCCCAACUCGCUGGGCCAAUUCAUUCCCGUUUCAAUCAAAUCAAUCCACCGGAAAAGAUUACCAGUGAAGGAAGUCAGAAGCGGACAGACGGCUUCGUUUGCUCUCAAAAAGAUUCGCCGAAAUGAGAUUCGCAAAGGCAUGGUCAUGCUGUGCCCUAGUCUCGAGCCAAAGGCGUACUGGGAGUUUGAAGGCGAAAUUCUCGUCUUGCACCAUCCAACGACAAUCAGCACUCGUUACCAGGCGAUGGUCCACUGCGGCAGCAUUCGUCAGACGGCGCAAAUCAUCGAAAUGAGCCAGGAGUGCCUGAGGACAGGCGACAAGGCGAAGGUGCACUUUCGCUUCAUCAAGAAUCCCGAGUACCUACACCCAGGUAUGCGGAUCAUCUUCCGAGAAGGCAGGACAAAGGCAAUAGGCAAUGUCAUCAAGCUGCUGCCUGGAGCUGCACCACUUGGAUAUACAUCAAAGAAUAAACCACGAAACAGUAAAAUUGAGAGGUGA